AUGAUUCGGCCAUUCGCGCGCCACGGGCAUGGUCUAGCGCAGAGAUCUUUCGCACGUACUACUACGCUCGGUCUUGGUCCGCAUUGUAGGCAAUGGCAGGGGCUAUACGCAUUGAAUACUAGCGCCCGCUGGCUCUCUGACGGCCCGCACGCGUCUGACGUUGAGAAACGCGCGAAGGACAACGGUGCUCUCCCACCACCCACUGCACCACGCAAACCCAAAGUCGCAUUACAUCCUGCACCCAUUCGACCCGCGCCAACAAAGCCGCCACCUGCGCCUGUUGUAGCGAAGGAUGUGGAAGUGAAGGAGGAGGCGGCUUCGCAGGGGAAGGAGAGCUUGCUGGCUACUACCAGGAGAGACUUGGAGGUUGCGCAAGCACACGGAGUUCUUGUACCGCCACCUGCGGAUGCGGGACGGGUGAAGAAAUUGUGGCAUCAGGCCAAGGAGCUAUUUAAAUUCUAUAUGCGCGGCAUGAAACUCGUAUUCACGAACCGGAAGGCUUCAAAUGAUAUCCAAGCGCGUGUCAAGUCUGGUGGCGAACCAUUGACACGAUGGGAGGCACGGUUCAUCGAACGCACGCGAACCGAUGUGAUCAAGGUCAUACCGUUCAUCUUGAUUGUACUCGUCAUUGAGGAGAUCAUCCCGCUCAUCGUGCUCUACGCGCCUUGGAUGCUGCCCUCAACAUGUGUCUUGCCAUCACAGCGCGAACGCAUCGAGACGAAGCGCCGGGAGAAACAAGCCGCAGCCGCACUCGCAAUGCGCUCUGACUUGCGCAAACUACUCGAGCGUCCUAACCCGACUUUGACCCAGAACGACAGCCUUGAGCUCGUCGCAAUUCUGAGCGUGCUUUCACUCUCUACGUUCGGCCCGCCGCCUACGCGCUUGAAGAGGAUAGAGAAGCACCUCAAGUGGGUUGCCGAGGAUGACACGCGUCUAGCGGCAGAAGGCUUCGGCUCGCGGUUAAAUCUGGUGGAGCUGGGAGAGGCGCUGGAGGAGCGUGGCAUUCCCAACGUCGGUCUCAAGUCUGAGGAGGCGCGCAAGAGGCUCGACUGGUGGUUGCGCCAGGCGACUGCGACAGCCAGCGAGGAGGGCGAUGCCGUGAGCAGACGCGUCCAGCUCGUUGCGCGUUCUGGGCUUGGGCAGUUUUGA